AGGCGUCAUCUUCCACAACAAGUUAGCGACCAUGUGUGCCAUUAAGAAGAUGCGAAGCUCAGGCAUUGCCGGUGACGCGCAAGAGUUCCUCAAUGAAGCGCAACUGCUGCGCUCGCUCAACCACCUCAACAUCUGCAAGAUGCUGGCUGUGUGCGACCACAACAACGCACUGUUUCUGCUGAUGGAGCACUGUGACGAAGGAGACCUGCACAACUACAUGAUCAAGAAUCCCCACAAGAUGACCCUCACGGCCAAGAGCUGGUUCUCUAAGGAAAUUGCCAAAGGUAUGGAGUACCUGGCAGCCAAUAAGAUCGUCCACAGAGACGUUGCUGCCAGAAACAUCCUGCUGUCCAGCGCGAGCACAGCCCAGGGCAAAAACAAUCAGCUGCCUAAGCCAAAAAUCUCUGAUUUUGGAUUGGCUCGGCGCACCACCUCAGAACAUACGUACGUCAAACAGUCGCACGACGGCGUACUGCCAAUCCGAUGGAUGGCCAGGGAAACGGUACUCAGCCGAGUCUACACCGAGAAAAGUGACGUUUGGUCGUAUGGAGUGACCCUGUGGGAAAUAUUCACUCUAGGACAAGUCCCAUAUUCCG